AUGCUCCCUUCCGAGACACCAAAAACAAGAGAUGUGGGCGCCCGGGCUGCUGGCAGCAAGCCCAUCAGGAUUAUUGAAAACGGUUAUAAAGACAGAGUCAAAGACUUCUGGCAGGGACGAAGCGAAGUGUACGAUGUCAACAAUAGCUUCCACCCACCUCUGUGUGCCCAUCUGGUUGGGCUAGCAAACCCAUUCCCGGGGUCUGCAGUCCUCGACAUUGCGACGGGCACGGGAUCCGUUGCAUUUGCCGCAGCAGACGCCGUCGGGCCCAGCGGGCGUGUGGUAGGGGUGGACAUCACUGACACGAUGCUCCAGCAGGCUCAAGCCAAGGCAGAUGCCCUUGCUGCGACCAACGUGGAAUUUCAGCUCGCUGACGCAGAAGCCGUAUCCUUCCCGGAACAGUCCUUCGAUUUCAUAUUGUGCUCCAAUGGCAUGGCGUACCUCCAAAACGUCCCAGCGGCAAAGUUUGGAGUUGCGCCUGAGGACGCAGGGGCGGCCCUGGGCAGCGAGGCCCGGAUCAGAGCAGCCUUGGGGGCGGCUGGCUUCAAGAGCAUCGAGGUGAGCGCCUCAAAAGAGGUGAAGGUCUUUGAGGACACAACUCCGGAAAAAUUCGCAGAGAGCAUUUUCGGAAUGAUGGAGCGUUUUCCGGCAGCACCGCUGAGUCAGCUGCUGUGUCAGCAGCAGAUCAGUGAGCUGAGGGCGGAUUACAUGAUCGCAGCUGUGCCCCAAGCAGAAACAAUGCCUCGACGGGACGGCGGGAUUGUGAACGAAUUUGUCAUGCUGUGGGCUGUAGCCACAGUUUGA